AAUGUGAGGAAGAGUUAGUGGAGUAAUUUAUGCGUAAGUAAAGAACCAGUUUGCUGGUCGUGCUGAUAACAAAAUUGCACCGAAACACUGGUAGCCGGCAUUACUCGACUGUAAGUGGAUGCUAUGGGAGUGAAGAGAACCUGCUGCAUUUGGCUUGGUUUAGGUGCGGCUUCGUACUUGGUGCGGUGGUACUUUAUUGGUCGGUUGUACAACAGUAAGCGAAAGUUCGAGAGUAGGGAGCUCAUAGUGGUAACUGGAGCCACCUCGGGCAUUGGUCUAGCGGUAGUCGUCGAUCUACUGAGCCGUGGUUGCCAUGUAGUUAUCGGAAGCCAUUCACUAGCAACGGGACGCAUAAUCGGCAACCAACUACACGAGCAGCAUCCCAGUGCUCACGUUGACGUGUUUGAGCUGAAACUCGAAUCAUUGGACAGUGUCGUCGAGUUUAGCGAGAAGGUUCGUGGGCUGGGGAAACCGGUGUACGCGCUCGUCAACAAUGCCGGUGUGUUUUAUGCCCCACCAUCACUGACGUCGGACGGUAUCGAGUACACGUAUCAGGUGAACUAUUUGGCACCGUUUCUGCUCACACUUCGCCUGCUGCCAUUACUCAAGCAACUUCAAGGGGACACCCGGAUUGUAAACGUUGUGUCACAAGCUCACCGGGCGAUAGCUGAGGCACCGACGGAUUCGAAUUACUAUACAGCACCCUUCCAGGAUACGGGGUCCGCCAGAUUCUGGGCGUAUCAGUACAGCAAGCUCUGCCUGGUGGCGUUCUCUCACCGACUCUCGCAACUACUGGCGACCGGAGCAGCUGUGGAUGGGGGCCUGUCUGUCCACUGCGUCGAUCCAGGCAAUGUAGAGACUGCCAUCUUUCGCCAUUUUCCGCCUCUAGCCAACCGAGUAGCUUUCCUUCUACAGAAGCCGGUACGAUUGCUCCUCGUUAAAACCCCCUUCGAAGGGGCUCAAGGAGUACUGUAUUCGCUGCUUUCGGAGCAAAAGCCUCCCUUCUACUUGCGCCGCUUUUGGGGCCCAAGCAGCAGUGAUAUCGGUGACGUUAAUCCGCUCGUUUACAAUCCAUCGUUCAGUAACGCGCUAUGGAUACGGAGUCGACGGCAAUGCCGGCACCAUCUGCUGGAGAUGAUAGUUUAGUGCCCCUCGUGUAUGAGGAUCGCACCAAGGGACUGCGUAAGGAGCGUCUUUCUUUUUGCCCAACAUUCGUCGUGAAGCCUUCGGAGCUAAGCCGCUGCCUGGUAACGUUUCGUAAUGUCAGCAUUGGCGGAACACACGAAUC